AUGGCUUCAGUUCGUUGGGGACCACAGGACUCGGAGCAUACCGAGCCUUUUAUCGAAAGGAUCUCACGAAUGGAAUAUGGGGAUGACCCAGAGCUUCGCGAACCAAAACUUGGGCGGUCCUCUCGUACCGAGCUGUGGCGUUAUUGCAAUCUUACAAAGCUGGCCUUUGUCUGGGUGGUCUUGCUAAUUGCGAUUAUGAUACUAUACCUACUAUCCAACUCUACAAUUCUAAAACAGGCUGAAGAAAGUACUCUGCCUGAGCAUGAGCCCGAAGUUGUACAUGGCGGGCCUGUGUCCGGCCCCGUUGUGCUACUCAGCACCAACGCGACAGCUACCUUUAGGGAGAACCUAGUUCCAUCUGUCAAGUACGUGACAACCUUCGUCACCGCAGGAUUCACAAACCAGUUUAUGGAGACGGCAAGUUUAAUAUACUUGAGUAUCUUAACAAAACGCGUCCCCGUAGUACCUGCUUUUCUGGCCGAACACUUCGGUAAAGCAACAGAUAUUAUCCCGACUCCUUUCAGUGAUAUAUUCGACCUUCCUUACCUUUCCGGCAAACUCGGCAUUCCUAUAGUUGAGUGGCACGAAUUGAAACGAACUGUAUACUCUACAGCCGGCGGGCCUCGUCCCGAAACAGAAAAGCUCGGUUGUUGGAGUACGGCCGCCGGGUACAAAAGCUCAGGUCCCACAUACUCUUAUUCUUCUGCACUCUAUGGACUUGAUAUAUCAUACACUCCAGUACCCUCAACAUUUAGUCUGACCCACGUCACGGAUCGGGUGCUCCCAGAUCAAUUCCGAAAGGCAUUUCCACUACAAAGCGAUCCGAAUCAGAAGCUAGAGCCAGACGAGACCAUGUUAUGCUGGGAUAGCUUGUACUACACAGGAGUGUUUGAGGUAUACCCCAGUGAGGAUUUUUUUAAUGAUUAUUCACCUUAUUGGAGCCAGGUUGCUGUACACAUGCGGUGGAGGCAGCACUUGGUUGAACUGGCAAGCGAGUACCUCCGCCGCCACUUUGGCAUUAACAAUAAGACAGAUUCCAUUCCACCAUUCAUUUCGGUCCACAUUCGCAGGUCGGACUUCGAGGGGGGUUGUGGCAAGGAUGUCACUAAAGACCAAUGCUUUGCCCCCAUCGAAGCCUACGAACGAAGAGUGCAAGAAGUGAGGGACCGUUUGGUGGCUCGUGCAAAUAGCAUCAAUGUACGGGAAGUUCUCGUCACCUCUGACGAGCAGGAUCCAAGGUGGUGGGAGCGCAUAUCUGCGUUAGGUCCAGAAUGGCGGUGGAUAGAUCAUGCCGCUGAACAGACUGGUGAAAAAUAUGGCAAAUGGUUUCCGCUCCUUUUAGAUAUGAUAUUUCAAUCCAUGGGGAAAGGAUUCGUAGGAACUUCGAGAAGCACAAUGUCUGAACUCGCACGAGUGAGAGUCGAGGAUUGGAAUGAUGGGGAAUCAGCAACCGUCCUAUGGGGUUUCCCGGGCGCAGACAAUCACUGA